UAACAAUAUAAAUUAUUACCUGCUCCUCUGUCUAUGAAAAACAUAGAUAAAUGGAACGGGAAUUUAUAGACUGAGGCCGUUGUUGGAUUAUUAUUAUUAUUAUUAUUAUUUAUUAAAAAACGUAGAAAUCUUAUUCGUCAACAUUUUUAGUUUCCCAAAACGAAAGACGGUGGAAAUCGAAAAAUCUAAGUGUUAAGCAAAGAAAGAAGAACGAAACAAACAGAGAAGGAAGCAAUGGAUGGACCUCCGGUGAAUGAUUUUUGCUCCAUAUGCCAUGGACAUUUCAACAUUGCUUGCCAGGCCAAUUGCUCUCAUUGGUUUUGUGGUGAUUGUAUUAUGCUUGUUUGGCAUCAUGGAUCCGUACUCCAGCCAUGUAAAUGUCCACUGUGUCGUCGGCAGAUUACAUUGCUGGUUCCUGGUGAAGCUUCAUUAAGGGAGCGCAGUGAUCCUGAUGCUGCUGAGGUUCUUGGAAAAAUUGAAAGAUACAAUCAUCUUUUUGCUGGAAAUACCAGUGGUCUCAUUCAGGCAUGUAGAUUUAAGUGUCUCAGUGUCUUGUAUAUAAUAAAUUGUUCCUUGCAACUAAUAUCGCCUUAAACAAUGCAACCUUAUUCUAAUCACAAUCAAAAGGCAACAGCCAAAACAAAGGACAGAUAUUGAUUUUUGUUAUGGAAUGCAUGUCUUUCUUGUGGAAGUUUAAGAGGAUUUUUUUCCCCAACAGUUAUUCGGAAUUUGGUCCUUAGAUUCGGUGUUAUUACCUUCUCACUGCGCCUUCCAAAUUCUUGUCUGUCCUCCCUCCCUUCUUUCAUGCUGCAAUCUCAGCUGCCACACUGUUUCUCUGUUGAUAGUAGUUGCUCUACUUCCUAGCUUUAGAGAAAGAAUAUGAGAAGAAGAAUAGUUGCUUUACUUUG